UCAGACAACUCGCUCCCUACUGAGCUUUACUAAACGGAUAUCUGCCAUCCGACCGAGACACCACCCCGACCAGCUCCAACCUGCUGCUGCUGCACAAUGUGUAAAGGACUAGCAUCGCUGCCAACCUGCUGCCUGGAAAGGGCCAAGGAGCUGAAAGCAAGGCUGGGAAGCAUUUUGCAAAAAACCAACUGGAAUCUAUCCUGCUGCAAAAUGGGACAAAAUAAGCCAACUCUGGAGGAAUGCAUUAGGUGGAAAGAGUCCUUUGAAAAGCUCCUGUCCAGCAAAUAUGGACUUUGUGCCUUCACAGCCUUCCUGAUGUCUGAGUUCAGUGAGGAGAACAUUGCGUUCUACUUUGCCUGUGAAGAUUACAGGAAUACCAAGUCUCUUGCCAAACUACCAGCCAAAGCCCAGAAGAUCUAUGAUGAAUUCAUCGGCAGCGAUGCACCCCGAGAGGUUAACAUCGACCACGAAACCCGUGACAUCACCAGAGCCAACAUGCUGGUGCCGUCAAAUUCUUGCUUCGACUCUGCUCAGCACAAGAUCUACAUGCUCAUGGCCAAAGACUGCUACCCUCGCUUCCUCCGCUCUCCAGCUUACAAGGAUCUAGUAUGCCAAGCCAAACCAAGCUCCACCAAGCAGCCCCGGCAGGAGAAGAAGGCGUGAACACCCUUCGUGGGCCAGUGAAGGAUUCUUAACUGUUUGCCUUAAAGGUUGAGAAGGCAAGAGAAGCAUGGCGUUAGGUGCUGCAUCAUGAAGAUGAACGUGGUGCCGACACAGAAAUCGUCAGCAGCAGUGGAUGGGCAUGAUCUGCAGAAGCAGAACACUGAAGAGAAAAGGAAAAUGGAGGAAAAUUUAAGGUUGAUGCCUUAAGUGGACUGUUGUGUGAACACAGACGAAGUUUGGACACUGAUUGUCAAGUGAAAGUAUAAGUAACAGACUGAGUGACAAUCAAACAGGAGGGAAGAAGAUUAGCACUUUUCUUUGCCAUUUGGCAAACUUUUUUGGUUGUGAUGUGUAAUGUCUUUCUGUCAAAGUCUUAACACUGUUUGUGAAAAGGCAUGUAAGCUACUUGGUACUGAUUUUGUAUUUAUUUGCCUGCAAUAUAUUUGUUGCAUUUUGACCCAGCAUAGGUGGAAAAUGUGCAAUCUAAUUUAUAUCAUAUUUAUAUUACUGUUUUUUUUACAUCCCAGCAAAUAAACUAAAUUAUUUGGAAAAAGAAAAUGCUAAAGUGUGUC